AUGACCAUGGCGAGGGCUUCACUGGCUCAUGGACCGCUCUCUCCGCUUGUGGUGUCACAGCUCGACAUCAAUGCUGUUGAUCCUCAAGGCCGAACACCGCUCCGGCUAGCGAUCGUGCUUGGUCACGAGGCUUGCGUGCAAGCGUUGCUCGACUGCGGCGCAGAGAUUGGCGACGUUGAUGCCGAAGGCUGGAGCGCCGUCCACGAUGCCACCUGUCGAGGCAACGCGGGCCUGUUGGAACAAGUCUUGAAUAGCCGGAACUUUCGCCUUCAACAGGACACUGAAGAUCAGGUCUCGGAUCUUUUGGCCCUCCUGCGUGAUACUCCCGAUUUUGAGGUUUGCCCCACAUCUCCAUGCGUCCUUGGUGACACGUGUCAUCUCUGGAAGAUCGGCUCCAAUCUGCGCUUCGAUAUGACGCUCUUGGGUUUUGAAAACAUGAAAUGGGUCCGAGGCCAACGCUCCGUCUGCUUCUCGCUGCCGCAAAGCACCGACCAGAGCUCGGACAACGAGGCCGGUGCCAAUAUUGAGGUUCGGUACAUUGAUCACGAUACCCAAUCGGCCUACAUCGAGACCAUGGAAGCUCGGCCGCCAAAUCGCCAAGCCGACUCCAAGGAAAUUCGGGCACGCCUCAAUGCUCCCGUGACAACCACCAAGAUGAGUGAAGAUGUCAGUUUUCAGCGGCUCAAGAGCGGCAUAUGGGGCUUUCAGCGCAACCGGACCGAGAGCGUGGGUCCCUACGAAUGUAGCGUCUACGGCACCAAUCAUCUCACGCUGGAAACGCUUACUCGCCUCGAGCACCUGCCCAAAAACCAUCCAGCCCGUCAGCGCUCGAGCAACCCAAUUUCAAGCAUGAUGCGCGCGGCUGGUGGACAAGACAACAGCGACGCAGAGGCACAGGAGGUGGGCUGCUUUGACGCCUUGACCGCUAGUCAAGGCGGUGGCACCGAGGCGGAGCAAGUCGAGGCGCUCGAGACCGAGCAUGCCGGAGACCACGGCCUCUCCUUUGAGGAGUACAUUGCCACGCCGGCCGCCCGCAAGCGGUUGGUGGUGGGCCGACCACGUGAAGUCAAGCGCAAGAAGCAGACGCUUAAUCUCAACAUGUGGAUGUCGCCGGAUUUUCCGCUUUCAUUUCGAAAUCAGUUGUUGCCGAUCCUGGACUUGCUCGCACCCACCAAUCGCCAUGUGGCCAAGCUGCGCGACUUUGUACAUCUCAACCUCCCGGCCGGCUUUCCGGUCAAGCUCGAGGUGCCACUGUAUGGCGUGUUGACGGCCCGCACAACGUUUGAGAAUUAUCGGGCCCUUGACGCCGAUGUGCUGGCAGGUGUCAGCACCGACGAUCUCUUUGGGGUGCCCACCGGGUAUCGGCAAUUGCUGGCCGGGCAGGCUGAGUUUGGCUCCGAGGAUGAACGGAUGCUGGCCAUGGCAUUGCAGGCUAGCAUGCACCAGGGUUACGGGGCCGACGAAUUCGAGGGCUACUUUGAGGUCAAUGGCAGCCUGGGCGAUGAAGCCGCCCUGCAAGAGGCAAUAUUGGCCAGCAUGGGAAGGAGCUCGGAGACCAUCCAGGGCCAGCCCAUGCAACCCGUCACUGAGGAGGAGCUGAUUGCUCAAGCCAUCGCCCUAUCACUCCAAGAGUCCGGUUCUAACUCUAAUUCCGCUCCGCCCUCCAACCCUGGUCCUGCUCAGCCAGCUGACCUGUCCUCUUUGUCAGAGGAAGAGCAGAUACGCCUGGCCAUUGAGCGCAGUCUAAACACCUAG